UUCAAAUAAUUUGAAAUAACGUAUCAAAAUCAUAGUCUGAAAUUGCAAGCCUGAUGGACUUUGUCCUUUGUUUUCUUGAUCCAUUUGUAUCUAAGUUUGGAGCCGUCCUUUCUAUAUCCCCAAGGGGAAGAAAUUCGUAGCAGGAACAGAAUCCCAAUGCACCUCAUAAAUACUUCCAAAAGCCUAUUUAAUCAUUGAUGUUUUCUAUUUGUAUAUUUAUCUAUUUUUCUGUUUUUAACGUCGGCUUAUAGUGCAAUUUUUGUUGCUUUUCCUAAGUAAGCAAAUUACGAAAUGCAUUGGACACUAAUGGCCGACUUUACUCUUUGCAGGUCGAGCAUGUGCCUCAGCACAUCUCUUCUAUAACAUAUCACAUGGUACCCACAUCUAUUUUAUUUUUGUAAGGUUAAAUACUUCCAAUAUUAAUACACAAUCUCCACUUUUAUUUUUUUUUAUUAUAUCAGGAGAGCAAAAUCUUAAUUAUUUCUAUUUAUUUUUUGAUUAUAUUAGAAGAACAAAAUCUUAAUACAAGUAAGGAAAAAGAAAAAGGCUUGGUUGAAAAUCAAGCCUUUAAUGUUUUUUCAAGCGUCUUUUAACUACUAAGCUAAAGGUUUGGAGACAAUUUUCACCUCUAUACUUUCUAUAUAAACACUCUUAGUCCGCCUCUGCCUCAUCUCACUCUAAAUCUUUUCCCACCCACUGCUAGCUAAUCUAGUUCCCAGUCUUUUUUGAAUUUCUCUUCUUUCUUCCCUCCUUAUUCGAUGGCUACUCUUCAGCUUUCGAUUAUGUUGGUCACGUUCUUCCUUCAGCUGUUCUCAGGUCACAGUUUUUUCACCAAUUUAUUUCUCAUUGUUGUUUAUUUAUUUAUUUGUUCUGCUGUUGAUGUUGGUUUAUAUUCGUUUUCCUGUUUUUACAGGCGCUCAUUCAUCAACAUUUACAAUUGUAAACGAAUGCAGCUAUACAGUUUGGCCAGGGAUGCUGUCAGGAGCUGGUACCCCUCAAAUUUCCCCCACAGGUUUCAUUCUUCAACCUGGCGAAUCAACAUCUAUCUCUGCUCCAACAUCUUGGUCUGGUCGUUUAUGGGGUCGAACUCUUUGCACUGAAGACUCCUCCGGCAAGUUCUAUUGCCUGACUGGAGACUGCGGCUCAUCUACACUAGAAUGCGCUGGUGCUGGUGCCAUCCCUCCUGCCACCCUUGCAGAGUUUACACUAAAUGGUUUUGGGGGAUUGGAUUUCUAUGACGUUAGCCUUGUUGAUGGAUACAAUCUACCAAUGAUGGUAACUCCACAUGGUGGAACUGGAGGUAACUGUACGUCAGCUGGAUGUGCUGCAGAUUUGAAUGGUGACUGUCCUCUUGAGCUUAAGGUUGUCGAUGGGGGUGAAGGGGUGGCAUGUAAGAGUGCAUGCGAUGCUUUUGGAGACCCCCAAUAUUGUUGCAGUGGCACUUAUGCUACUCCAAAUACGUGCAAGCCCAGUUCUUACUCACAAUUCUUCAAGACUGCGUGUCCUACAGCUUAUAGCUAUGCCUAUGAUGAUGGAACCAGUACUUUCACUUGUGCUGGCGCUGAUUAUGUUAUUACUUUCUGCCCUACCCCUUCCACCAGUGUCAAGUCCUCCAAUCCUAUGGCGGUCGACAGCUCAGCCGGUUGCCGGCCUGUUUCAUCAGCUUUCAUUGGCGGUGCCAUCACCACCUUAGUGGCAAAAUGGAAGUUGUCGCAUCUCUUUUGACAAUGCCAAGCUGCUAACCAACAACAUUAGGGGCCAUUUUCCUUGUGUUCCCUCCUAUGUCGCAAUUGGGUCCCUCCAAACUUCAGCAAUUUGCUACCUGAAAGGAAUUGAGUGAUGAAGAGCGAGAGUUGGCCACAACCCAAACAUCCGAUCAUCUUACAUUUUCCUUCUCCAAAAUUCUCCAACUUGAAGAACAAAAAACUAUGAUUUUUCUCUACUGCAGUAUACAUACAAAAUAUAGAAACAGACAUAUUACAUCACCAGUUACUUUUUCCCACUGAAUCUUGAAGGAAAGAGCGUGAUCAAGAGCAAGAGCUGGCUAGAUGAAGGCUUAUUCUCAAUUGAUUUAGACAUAAAUUGUAGGAACAGACAAUGGUUAGUUGGCGACGUAAACUUUUUCAACUGUCGCCUACUAAUGCCAACGUAGAUGAGUUAAUUUAUCUCUAUUUGUUUAUACGGAAGUGCAUUUUCUUUUGCCCUUUA